AUGGGAAACUUGAACAUCAAGGCAGUCAAACAACCACAAAAUGAGCAGCAGCGAAAAGAUUCGAAUAAUUCAACACCACCUAAGCAGCAAAAAAAUGCAAAUGAUAGAAAGUUCAAAUUGCCUGCCGAUACGAAAACAAAAGUGGAUCCAUUCGCCGCCAAUUACGACACUCUUCGAAUGAUGCCUGAUGUCGAUUGGGAGAAGAAGAAAACCUCGACGAACACUCAUUAA